AAAGUCUAAGGUUUCGAUAAUUAUUCUUUUAGAGUGAGCGCUUCGUCGUGCGUUGAUUUUAUUCACAAGUCGCGCUUCUCGAGACGUGUAAGAAAUCGGCGAACACACGGGAUUUAAAAAAGGAUGGAAUAAUUUUAGAGAAAAAAAUAUUCAAAUAUACAAAAUAAAUAAAUGUCUACACACUAUGAAUCUCCUGAGGUAACCAUUGUCUUGAGCAAAGAAGAAAUUCACAAGAGAUAUCAAGAUACAGCAAUGAUUAUAUUUAAUGAGCAACAAAGUAGAAAGAAGAAAGUUGUCAGUUACCUCACUUUUGGGAGCAGUCGCAGAACAAUAGAAUAUAGUAGUAAUGGAAAUCAUCCCGUCAUUAUACGAAAACCUGCAGGUUCUGUGAUUACACACAACACUCCUUUAUCCUUGCAGAUACCGAGAGAAUAUCGUAAGCCAAGUGAAAAAUGUGCAAUAAUUUGAUGAAAAUGUUACGAUAAUUUCUUCAAU